GUUGGUCUUGCGCCAGCCCUGGACACUUGACUUGUGACCUCUGACCUGCUGCCUGCUGGUCCAGACACGGUCCUGUUCAAAGUCCAGACUGAAACCAGGAAAGCAGUUUGUGUUUAUGAAUUCAGCUGCUGGUUGUCAGGUAGCAAACUGACACGAGAGGAAAAACAGCAAAAUCCCCCAAAGAAAACACACAGAGAUAACAACUAAUGAGACGCUAUUAGAGACCAGGAGGAGGGGGGAGGAGGACAGACAGGUGGAGAGAGAGCGAGAGAGAGAGAGAACGAUGCUCAGGUGUUUCUCUCCUCACUGUUUGACAAAAGAAAACAGCUAAAAAACAGCAGGAGUUUUUGUUUCUGUUCCUUGGAAUUGGACCUGAACUGAAGGACGGAGAUGCUGAUUGGUUGAGGAGCUGCUGCCACUGUUUUUCUUUCUCUUUGGACUUUCAUGGACGGAGCGACGGCUCAGUGAUCACCAAAAGCUGCAGUUCCAGUUGAAAUGGGCUGUCUGGGAGGGAAGACGGAGGAGGAACGACUGGAUGAAAAGGCGAAGAGAGAAGCCAACAAGAAAAUCGAGAGACAGCUGCAGAAAGAGAGACAGGCUUAUAAAGCAACACACAGACUGUUACUGCUGGGUGCAGGAGAAUCAGGUAAAAGCACCAUAGUGAAGCAGAUGAGGAUCCUUCACGUAGAUGGUUUCAAUGCUGAAGAGAAACAGCAGAAGAUUCAAGACAUCAGGAAGAAUGUGAAGGAUGCCAUAGUGACCAUUGUGUCAGCCAUGAGCGUGCUGACUCCACCUGUGCCUCUGGGUAACCCCGGCAACCAGUUCAGAGUCGACUACAUCAAGAGCAUCGCACCGCUGUCUGACUUUGAAUACACAGAGGAGUUCUUUGAGCAUGCUCAGAAGUUGUGGGAGGACGACGGCAUCAAGGCGUGUUUUGAACGCUCCAAUGAAUAUCAGCUGAUCGACUGCGCUCAGUACUUCCUGGACAGGUUGGAUUCUGUGAGGAGGACAGACUACACACCUACUGACCAGGAUUUAUUGCGCUGCAGAGUUUUGACUUCAGGGAUAUUUGAAACCAGAUUUCAGGUGGACAAGGUCAACUUCCACAUGUUUGAUGUUGGAGGGCAGAGAGAUGAAAGGAGGAAGUGGAUUCAAUGCUUCAAUGAUGUGACGGCCAUCAUCUUUGUCGCAGCGAGCAGCAGCUACAAUAUGGUGAUCAGAGAGGACAACUCCACCAAUCGGCUGAGAGAAUCUCUGGACCUCUUCAGAUCCAUCUGGACCAACAGGUUUCUGAAGACCAUCUCAGUGAUCUUGUUCCUGAACAAACAGGAUGUGCUUGCUGACAAGAUUCUGGCUGGGAAGUCCAAACUGGAGGAUUAUUUCCCUGAAUACAGCAACUACCAAGUACCUGCUGAAGCUGUUCCAGAUGCUGAUGAAGACCCCCGAGUGACCAGAGCCAAGUUCUUCAUCAGAGACGAGUUUCUGAGGAUCAGCACGGCAAGUGGCGAUGGGAAACAUUACUGCUAUCCUCACUUCACCUGCGCCGUUGACACUGAAAACAUUCGCCGUGUCUUCAACGACUGUCGUGACAUCAUCCAGCGCAUGCACCUGCGGCAGUAUGAGCUGCUCUGAUUGGCUGCUGAGCUCUCACCUGGCCCUGCCCUCUACAUGAACUUACCCGAAGAAGCUGAUCGUGAGGCUAAUUUGAUAUCUAAUCGAUCCCGUUAGAUCCUGGUGUGUUUAUGUGUUUCUGAUCUGUUAGAUUGCGGCAGUUACUUUAAACUAGUGAUUAUCAGCUAUUGAUUAUGACCGGAUGGAGAAUGUGUGUAUUUUUCUUUCCUGUCUUGGUGGUGUAAGUCCUGCUGAUGGAAAGGGAGAACACGAGGUGUUUUUCUGUUGUUGCCAUGGCAACAGUCUAUCAUACAGGGCAGGGUGGGUUAGAAAACUAUCUAAGUUUUUAACUAAGUUAAAAUCUAUUUUUUCAAGUGUCUGUAGAAUUAUAAUCUGACUGAACCCUGUAGACUGACUGAAUGCAUAUCUCAGAGGUAAAAGAGUGUAGAUUUAUUUAAAGAGUCCCUUCUCGAGUUUGAUCAAACAAAUAAAGAUUCACUAUUCAAAUUCAGACAUUUACAUUAACAGCUAUUAAUCUUCUUUUGGA